AUGGUUCACAGGAGGGGAGGGGGGAGAGCAGGAGAAGGCGGAGGAGGAUGCCUCAUCAUCCUCGUUUCUGUCACAGCGGAAGGGAAGAAGAAGAAGAAUAAAAAGAAGAAGAAAGAAACGAACCGCGAGCGGGAAAGAAGGACAUGGACCGAAUUAAACUGUGAAAUCCACCAGAUCCUCUCCGGGAAAACUUCGUUUGAGGAAAUCCGCCAGCCAUCAAGGCGGGGGCCCCUUGGGAGCAGAACUGUCCAGCACGCUCCUCACAGCCCCGAUGCGCUUUUCGGGAAACUGCUGGAGAAAAUUAUGUGA